GCUGUUUUCUGUUUCAAUCCAUAUUCACACAUUAAGAAAUCAUUGAUAAAACAGGCUUGGGAAAAUACAUGAGCGUUUUCUAACCUGCAAUGGCUCGGGUUCACUUUGCAACCCUCAGCCUACUACUGCUUCUCAUGAUACUGAUUUUCAAAGUUGAAGUGGAAGCCAAGAGACACGUGAAAUUAAGAAGGCAAAAAAGAGAAUGGAUUCUUCCGCCUACCAAGUUGUUUGAGAAUGUGGACUACAGAAAGAGGGAGUUCAUUGCCAAAAUUCGAUCUGACAAAGAUGGCUUUGACAAAGUGGAAUACUCUUUGACAGGACGUGGUGCCGACAAAGAGCCAUUUAACUUGUUUAUUGUUAAUGAAACAAAUGGCUUUGUUAGAAUUACUGAUAUUUUGGACAGAGAAAAAAUCUCUAUGUACAAUUUGACAGGUAUUGCUAAAUUUAAGAAUGGGUCAUUAGCCGAGACAGACAUUGACCUGCGCAUUCGAGUUCUUGACAAAAAUGAUAAUCCUCCUGUAUUUGGAAAGACCAUUGGAGCCGUCAACGAAUCAAGUGAAAAAGGUACCUUCGUCUUACAAGUGACUGCCACUGAUGCUGAUGAACCGGGGACAAUCAAUUCAAAAAUCGCAUAUCACAUCGUGAAACAGGAACCCCAAGACAAAGGAAUGAUGUUCUACAUUGACGAAAAAACUGGGAAGAUUUUUGUCAAUGAACCCACUCUCGAUCGAGAAACUCAUUCUUUCUACACCUUGACAAUAAAGGGAACAGAUUUAGACGGUGCGGUUAACGGCAACAGCGCAACAGGAACAGUGGAAAUCACCGUCUUAGAUAUCAACGACAACGCUCCAAGGCUAGAGAAAGAACAAUAUGAAGGCAGCGUGGAUGAAAAUACAGCCAACGUGGUGGUCAUGAGAAUCAAAGCGCUGGAUGACGAUGUAGAAAACACAGACAACUGGCUGGCAGAUUUUAAGAUAGUCUCAGGAAACGAGGACGGGCUUUUCAGCAUCGAGACAGACCCAAAGACCAACGAGGGCAUUUUAAUGCUGAACAAGCCAAUAGAUUAUGAGAAGAUUAAAGAUCUUGAGCUUGGAGUGGCCAUUGGAAAUGUGGCCCCACUCGUUGUUUCUGCCGGAGCUGGAGUUGGAGUUGGAGUUGGAGUUGGAGCCGGAGCUGGAGCCGGAGCCGGAGCCGGAGCCGGAGCUGGAGCCGGAGCCGGAGCCGGAACCGGAGUGGGAGCAGGGGUUGGAGCUGGAGUUGAAGCAGGGGCCGGAGCUGGGGUUGAAGUUGCAGUUGGAACUGAGGUCUCUGGCACUACUGCUGUCGUUGCUGGUACAGGCGGGGAUAAAAAGCCAGGGAAGGCCCCUGGGAAAAGCUACCCAAUUAAGAUCACCGUGAACAACUUGCCAGAUGGUCCCAUGUUCAGCCCGGAGGUAAAGCCGGUCCCACUGUCGGAGGACCCGGAGAAGGUCACCGUCCCCAGCGUCAUUGCAACGUACCCGGCAAUCGACGGAGACACAGGGAAGGUCGCAGAGAAUGUCCGGUAUGCUAAGGGAUUUGAUCCUGACAACUGGAUAUCCAUUGAUGGAAAAACGGCUGAAAUCAAGCUUAACAAAAUGCCAGACAGAGAGUCCAAGCACUUGGUUAACGGAACAUACUAUGCUAAAAUUCUUUGCAUGACCCAAGACAUGCCCUCCAAAACUGCCACUGGAACCAUUGCUCUUCAGAUAGAAGACUCCAAUGAUCACUGUCCUCAGCUGACUAGCACCCACCAGUCUAUUUGCACUGAUGUCAAAGAAGUGCACGUCACAGCUGUAGAUGAAGAUGUUCAUCCUAAUGGUGCCCCUUUUGAAUUCCUAAUAGUACAAGAGGGUACAAAAGGAGACUGGGAAUUGGAACAUCUAAAUGACACCACAGCGAUCCUGAGGGCCCGGGAGCCCUUGUGGCCUGGCUCCUUUGAAGUCACGCUUGAGAUUAAAGACAAACAGGGCGUGGCCUGUCCGGACCAACAGGUUCUUCAGCUGGAGGCCUGCACCUGUGUGGAGGACGGACCAUGUGUCCUCCGACUGCAACAGGAACCCUCCGCAGAGUUCGGAGGGCUUGGGAUUGGCUUACUCGCCCUGGGGUUCAUGAUGCUGUUAUUGGUUCCCCUCUUGCUGAUGUUCUGCAAGUGUAGCAGUGCUGCAGCUGGAGGGAUAGGAGAUGGUUUUGCUGACUUGCCUUUUGAUGCUAAAGAAUAUCUGAUUCCAUAUCACACAGAAGGAAAGGGAGAAGAUAAGGAAGUCCCACUUCUGAGCUCCCCGUUGAUAAUGUCAAAUAAAGGAGCAACAGUAGCGGCAGCAAACAUACCCUUGGUUUCCUCAGUGCCAUUGAAAGAAAGCACCCUGGGCGGCGCAUUCUACGAGACCCUUGACAGCAGGCUGGAGGAGGCCAAUCAUGGGCUGCAGAGAGAGGCGUAUGGAAGUCUCCAGAGAGAGGCAUAUGGAAGUCUCCGAAGAGACGAAUAUAAAAGCGCCUUUUACUCAGAGUUUAUAGAGGACGAUGGAGGUCCAUAUGGGGGAAUAGCACUCCCAGACGCAUACUUAGAGGAGUAUUACUCACAGAAGGCAAGAUGUACUGCAAGGCAUACCAAGGACAGUUUGCUGGUGUUUGAUUACGAAGGAGAAGGUUCCCCUUCAGGGUCAGUAGGUUGCUGCAGUCUCCUUGGCACGGACAAUGACCUGGAAUUCCUCAAUGAUUUGGGCCCCAAGUUCAAAACCCUUGCUUCUAUCUGCAAGCGUUCUGAAACUGAACCCGAAGUUUCUGUCCCUCUGCCGAAGCCCAAAGUUGAGUACAAGGUUGCGUCAAACCAGGCUGAGAUCAAAAGUGAGGGAGUGCUGACUCAAACCACCACAUUGCAUAAUGUGACCAGCUCAACCCCAACAAGCCCUGUUGAAAAAAUUGCCAAGACAAGCCACUACGCUACCCUUCCCAGUAUGAAAAUCUGUGAGAAUGUGGUGGUUCCAAACCGAGCAUACAUUAUUCAACAGCCUGUGUAUUACACCGCUGCUCCGGUUUUACAAGCCACUCGAUAUGUUGUUGAGCCUCAGGUGCAGAGUAUGUAUGUGCUGAGUGAUGCUCCAGGACAAGGGAAUGUGGUUGUCCAGGAAAGAAGAGUGGUGGGGGGUCCUGCUACCCAAAGUGGUGUGUUUGGGGUGCAGCAGGGUACGUUAAACAGGGGUGAAAAUGUUGUAUUGGUGGAGAGAAAUGUGGGUCCAAGGCAGGUGGUGAGAGAUGGGGCAGGCCUUGUCCGAUUGGGAAGUCUGUCUGGAUCACAGAACAUCAUGCUAGUGGAGGGACAGGUGGGUGCAGGGCAGGUGCUGCCAGGAAGCCCAACAUGGAUCCAACAAGGUACCCUGCAGAGGGGACCCAUCUCUGGGUCUCAGAACAUUCUACUAGUGGACAGGCAAGGGGGUGCAGGUCAGGUUCUGCAGGAACAUACAUCAGGGUUAAUUCAAGGAACUUCACAAAAGGAUGGAUUGUAUAGUUCAACGAUUGUAACACCCUCGGGAAGUCAGGUUGCUGGUGGUCAGACAUUGCAGGGAAGUCCAGUGGCAUUAAGUCCAGGGCCUUUGCAGAUGGACAGCUCAGAUGAUGUGUUCAUUUUGAAGAGGUACAUCAUAAAUGGACAGGAACAGAGUGAGAGUACAGUAGGGUUACAUCCAGAUGCUUUACAGAGGAGUACGCAUGAGGUGAAAGACAUCCCUCACUCAGUGGUGAUGAAGGAGGGGAGAGUGGUGGCAGGUCCUGCUGUGGAUAGUAGCUUGUUUGGAGUUCAGCAGGGUACCUUAAACAUGUGCGAGAAUGUUGUGCUGGUAGAAAGAAAUAAGAGUUUGGAUCAGCCUCGAAUGGUGCAAGAGGGGGCAGCUGCAAUUGACAAAGACCCGAGCCACAUUUUAGAGUCUGAUUCUUUGGUCUCUGGUCCAGAGAGAACAGUGCUGUUAGACACAUGUGUUGGUUCUGGACAAAUAUUGGAGGAAGAUUCAUCUGGAUUACUUCAACAAACUUUAAAACAAGUAGAAUUAUCAGGAUCACAGACAGAAGAGCUUGUAGAAAGUCCAGCUGUUGCUGAAGAAUUACACAAGGAAGACACAUUAGGUGGUGAAUCAAAAGAAACUGAGGGGAGUCAAAUCGAUCCUAACUGUAUUGUGCAGAAAGAAUCACCUCUAGAUGCUUUCCAGGAGGGUGAAUUGUCUGCUGAAUUGUAUGACCAGCUUGUUGACUGCCAUGUUGUUUCCAGCCAGGUAUUAGAGGAAGAUACACUCAGAUUAACUCAAGAUACUUCUGUGUCUCUGAAUAAAGAAAUGAUGGAUAAUGAUACAUCUGAGUCACUUCAGGUAACUUCAGAAGGAGAAUUAGCUGAAUCACUGGAAGAGAUGGUGGAAAUGACAGUUAGUUCUGUUCAGGUUCAGGAAGAGCAAACCUCCAGCUUGACUGAGGAGAUACUAGCAGAGGGAGAAAUGUCGAAUGAGGACACAGAGGGAUUGAUCAAGUCUUACUCAGUUGUAGGGGCGGAUACAUCUGGGUUUAGGCAAGGAAAGUUAGAGGAAACUGAAUUGUCUGAAUCUCUGAAUGAGGAGAUUGUGGAAAUGGCAGUCAGGUCUUGCCAGGUUGAGGAAGAGCAUUCCUCACAGUUAACUGAUGAAAUUUUAGAGGUAGGAGAAUUGUCUGUUUCUCUGAAUGAUGGGCAAGGGGAGACUGCAGCUGAAGCUUACCAAGGCCAGGAAGAAGAUACAUCAGACUUACCUGAAGGUACUGUAGAGGCAGAAGAAUGCUCUGGAUCUCUGAAUGAGGAAAUUGUGGAAAUGGCAGUUAGUGCUUGUCAUGGUGAAGGAGAAAAUACAUCAGAGUUAACUGUCGAAACUUCAGAGGUGGGAGAAUUGUCAGGAUCUCUGAAUGAGGAACAAGCACAGAUAGAAGCUGAGACUUACCAAGGCAAAGAGGAAGAUAUGUCAGAUUUUCCUGAAGGCACUGUAGAGGCAGAAGAAUGCUCUGGAUAUCUGAAUGAGGAAAUUCUGGAAAUUAGGUCUAAUCAGGUGAAAGAAGAAAACACAGAGUUAACUGAUGCAGAGUUAACUUUAGAGAUGCAGGAAUGCUCUGGGUCUCUGAAUGAAGAGCAAGCACAGAUGGAAGCUGAGGCUUGCCAGGACAAGGAAGAAAUUUCCUUAGAAGAUGCAUUAAUGAAAUGCACUGUAGAAGCAGAAGAAUGUUCUGAGGAAACUGUAGAAACAGCAGUCACUUCAUACCAGGUUGAGGAAGUACACAUCUCAGAGUUAACUGAAGGAACUGUAGAGGUAGGAGAAUUCUCUGGAUCUCUGAAUGAGGAAACUGUGGAAACAGCAGUUCGUUUCUGUCAGGAUGAGGAAGUGCACUUCUCAGAGUUAACUGAAGAAGGUGUAGAUGCAGGAGAAUUCUCUGGAGAUCUGAAUGAGGAAAUUGUGGAAAUGGAAAUUAGCUCUGAUCAAGUCGAGGCAGAAGAUACAUCAGGGGUAACAGAAGGGAUGACAGAGGAGGGAGAAAUGUCUGGAUCAGAGGAUAACAAGCUUGCAGAGAGUCAACUCAUUCCUGACCAAACAACGGAGGAAGAUAUGGCAAGGUCUGAAUUACAGAAUGUUGAAAUAGUGGACCCUGAGGUUGUUCCCUCCCUGUUACUGGAAGAUGGUGCAUUCGAGUUAAACCAAGAAACUGUACAAGAGGGUGAAUUGUCUGGUUUACCGAUCAUGGUGAUAGAGAAGAAUCAUGUUAUUACUAGUCCAUCAAUGGUGGAGAAUAUGUCAGAGUUGACUGAAAUGAGACUGCAAGGGGGUGAUUUGUCUGGAUCAGAAUACCAAGAGAUAGAGGAGAGUGAAGCUGUUUCUGGGCAGAUACAGGUUGAAGGGUCAACAAAUGAAGAGGUAUUGGAGACAGCAGCCAGUUCUUAUCAUGACGUGGAAGAAGAAUAUACAACUGUGUUAACACAGGCAGAGUCAGAAGACGAAGAAUUGAGUGGUCAACAGAAUGAAGAAUUAGUGGAAAGUCAAGCCAAUGCUGGUCAGGUAUCAGGGGAGGAUAUAGCAGAGCCUGGAUCACAGGAAAUUGAUGUAGCGGGGACUUCUCAUCAAACAAUGGAGGAAGAUGUGACCCAAUUAAUUCAUGCCACCUCAGAAAUGACUGAACUGACUGCUACUCAGGAUACUGAGCAACUGGAGAUUGACACUGGUACUGAGGAAGAGUCAUUGUUAACUACAGUAACUUCGCAAGAUGCUGAACUGUCGUAUACACAACAUCAAGAGUCAGAGGAUACUGUUGCUGAAAAAACAUCAGAGGAAGUGAUGUCAGAGUCUGCAUCACAGAAUGAUACAGUAGAGAUUAUAACUGGUUCCCUCCAGGUAGCAGAGGAAGAUCCACCAGAGGAAACUCCGGGGACAUCAUCCACUGGUGAAAUGCCUGAAUCACAGGUCAAAGAGGAAGAUCAAGCUACUAUUCAAGCGCAAACUUUGGAUGAUACCACAGAGGUUGUCCCCUCCCUGUUACUGGAAGAAGUGAUGUCAGACUCUGCAUCACAGAAUGAUACAGUAGAGAGUCUAGUUGGUUCUCACCAGGCAGCAGAGGAAGAAUCACUAGGGCAAACUCAAGGGACAUCAUCCACCAGUGAAAUGCCUGGACCACAGUUCAAAGAGGAGGAUCCACCUCAAGCAUUGGAUAAUACCGCAAAGGGUCGUACCAAAUCGAAACGUAAGAUAAGUCUCAAAAGUCCUAAAACAAAGUGUGCACAGCAGUGA